AUGGGUGGUGAGGCGUCAACUGAGGGGGAUGCAUAUAGCUAUGGAGUCCUUGUGUUGGAAAUGUUUACAGGAAGGAUGCUCACCUAUGAUAUGUUUAAAGAUGGUCUUAAUCUUCAUAAUUUUGUUAAGAUGACAUUACCAAAAAGACUUGCUCAGGUUGUCGACCUGAUGCUUUUGCCCAGAGGUGCUGUAGAAAUGGGAGCAACAACUUCAACAAUGAUGGCAAUAGAAGAAGAUGAAAAAAAUGGCAAUGAAAUUGAAGUAGAUGAAGCUUGUCCAGUCGACCCAUACCUAGAGUGGUUGGGGGUUGCUGGAAAAGCGCAUAGGUAUGGGCAUGGGUUUGAGUAUGGGCUUGUCAGACGCAGAAUUCCGUAUUACUGUGUUGCCGGCUUUUUCCCUUGCCUUUCCCCUACACUCGGUUUGCUCCUUUCUUUGGGCAUUUAG